ACUCUCUCUCUCCCUCUCUCUCUCUCUCUCUUUCUCUUUUCUUGUAGUCGCCGGUGAUCACUAGAAAGUGCAGCAGCGCUACAGCCACAGUUGAUAUUGUAGGCUCAUCUUGAGGGAGUUAAGGAAUUGGCUUUUUAAUCAUUUUGGAGGUUUGGCUACGAUUAUGGCUGCUGGUGGUGGUUCCUCUUCGAAGAUUAACUAUGACGUGUUUAUCAGUUUUAGAGGUGAGGAUACUCGUUCUAAUUUUACGAGCCAUCUUCAUAGUGCUUUAUGUCGAGCGAAAAUCAAAGCCUUCAUAGAUGAGAAUGAUCUCAACAAGGGGAAUGAAAUAUCACCGACGCUUUCGAGUGCAAUUAAAGAGUCAAAGCUUUGUCUAAUUAUUUUGUCGAAAAACUAUGCUUCGUCAAGAUGGUGCUUAGAUGAACUAGCACACAUUCUCCAAUGCAAGAAAACGGAUGGACAAUCUAAAGUGUUACCUGUUUUUUACAAUGUUGAUCGGUUAUAUGUAAAAGAACAAAAAGGAAGUUAUGCAGAUGCGUUUGCUAAACAUAAGGAGCGUUUUGAGGAUGAGAAGUUGCAAGCAUGGAGAGAGGCUUUGACAAAAAUAGCCGAUCUACCUGGUUGGGAUUCAAAUUCAUCUAGGCUUGAAUCCACUUUAGUUGACAAAAUUGUUGAUGAUGUAAUCGAGAAACUCAAAGAUAUUUCUAUGGCAAGGGAAGAUUAUUUGCAGGGCCUGGUUGGAGUUACUAAGCGCAUUGAGGAAAUUGAGUCACGAUUACAUAUUGGCUCAUUAGAUGUUCGUAGUGUUGGCAUUUGGGGCCUCGGUGGUAUUGGUAAAACAACCCUUGCCCGUGUUGUGUUUUGUCGACUAUCUUCCCAGUUUGAAGCUUGCAGUUUUCUUGAAAAUAUUCGAGAGGAAUCGAAGAAACAUGAGCCAAAUCAUUUGAAAAAUAAACUUUAUUCUGAACUGUUGAAGGUUGGAAGUCCACAUAGCGUCACGUUGCAGUUUGAAAAGGACAGGCUCCGUCGGAAAAGGGUUCUAAUUGUCUUUGACGAUGUAGAUGAUCCCCAACAACUAGAACAAUUAUUCAAUGCUUCAUGGUUUGGUCCCGGAAGUAGAAUUAUUGUAACAAGUAGAGAUCAACAAGUGCUUAGGAAUAUUGGAGUAAGUAGAACGUUCGAGGUAGAUGGAUUAGAAUAUGUUGAAGCUCUUGAACUUUUUUCUCUUCACGCUUUUAAAAGGAACUCUCCUACCGCUGAUAAAGAUGAGUUGUCAAGAAGGAUAGCAAAAUAUGCUGGAGGUCUUCCAUUGGCGCUUAAAGUUUUGGGUUGCCGCCUCUUUUCUAAAAGCAUAGAAGAAUGGGAAAGUACAUUGGGGAAAUUGCAAAAGAUUCCGGAUAAGAAAAUCUUGAGUGUGUUGAAAUUAAGCUAUGAUUCACUAGAUGACACUCAACAAGAUUUAUUUCUUGACAUCGCGUGUUUCUUUAAAGGGGAGAAAAGAGAUCUUGUACAAAAAAUACUAGAUGCUUGUGAUCUCUUUGCUACAGAAGGAAUACCAAUUCUUAUUGAUAAGGCUCUGAUAACAAUUUCUGGGAAUUCAAAUACAAUAUGGAUGCAUGAUUUGAUACAAAUGAUGGCUUUUGAAAUUGUGAGCCUUCGGUCUACUAAUCAAGAUCCCAGAAAAGGUAGUAGGCUCUGGACUGCAGAUGAUAUUUAUCAUGCACUAAAAAAUGGUAGAGGAAUUGAAACCAUUACAGGAAUAUCAUUGGAUACAUCAAAUUUUAGUCGAGAGAUUAGCUUGUUGCCAGCAACCUUUUUAAGGAUGUGGGAAUUAAGAUUGCUCAGAAUCAUUGAUACUGGGAAAUUAUACCUUCCUCAAGGUCCUCUCAUUUUUCCUAAUCCGCUCAGAUAUCUCCAAUGGCAUGGAUAUCCUUUAAAAUCGUUGUCUACAAAUUUUAUUGCCGAGAUGCUUGUUAUACUUGACAUGCGCGGAAGCCAACUUGAAAAACUUUGGGAAGGUGUCCAGCAUUUAAAUAAAUUAAAAAGUAUUGAUCUCACAGGCUCCAUGAAACUCACUCAAGUUCCAGAUCUCUCACUGGCUCCAAAUAUUGAGAGCGUGAAACUUAUGUUCUGUGCAAGUUUGAUGGAAGUUCCAUCAUGUUUUCAACAUCUUAACAAGCUUCAAGAGCUUGAUUUAAGAGGCUGCCCAUCUCUUUGCAAGUUAUCAGAGCCUCCAAAGAAUUUAAAAACAUUAGAAGUGGUAGCCGGACCCAUUGUUAAGUGUGCGAGCAUGCGCCCUUGUGAUUGUAGUAAAGGGUUUAUAUGGAGUAUCUCUCCUGAAUUUUCUUUAAAGUUGGAGAGAUUUCCAGAAAUAUCGCAUCCUAUGGAAUGUAUUGAGACUCUCACAUUAGAUUCUUCAGCGAUUAAAGAGCUACCAUUUUCAAUCAAAAAUUUAACCGGCCUAAAAAGAUUAAGCCUAGAUUUUUGCGAAAAUCUCGAGUUUCUCCCUGACAGCUUCCAUUGCUUAAGCUCUUUACAAUACCUUAGUCUUACUUGCUGCCGAAAACUUGAAUCACUACCAAGACUUCCUCUGUCUCUAUCAUUUAUUGAAGCGAGUUGCUGCACUUCAUUGAAGAAGGUGUCAAGUUCAAUAGACUUGGUUAAUCAAAACUGGGAUGAUUACUUCUUCAACAAUGGCUAUUUUAAGUGGCACGUGAUGAGAUUUUUGGGUUGUGACAUGUUGGAUGAGAAUGCACGCAAAGUUAUUAAUGAGGAAGUACGCUUCAGAAUUUUGCGCUUUGCAACUCUAUAUUCUAAUUUACCUUUGGACAUCAUUUCCACUGCUCAUUUUCAUUGGCCGGAAAGCAAAAUUCCGUGGUGGUUCAGUCAUAAGAGUGAUGUAUCUUCAUUAAGUAUAAACCUUCCUCAUCCUGAUCAAUGGUAUAACAACAGUUACUUGGGUCUCGCCGCUUGCGUUAUUCUUGAAAUCAAGGACAUUAUCUCUUUCUGGAGAGGUUAUGAGAUUCUGCCUCUUUAUUGUGAUUAUGUUUACAUGUUCCCUAAUGGCAAUUCAUGGAGACGGACAAGAUCUGGAGCGUUCUUUGUUCCAUUUGGAGGCGUGGCUCCGAAUUUUUGUGAUUGUUGUAAUUCUAUUUCCACGGAUGGCAUGGAUUAUCGUAUUCAUCAUAAUCCCUCAAUGAAUAAUUGCCAACACGUGUUCAUGUUUGCAGACCCCACUUACGGUAAGUUCCUUGAAUUGAACGAUGGACAAAUAGAUGCAAGUGGGAAUAUGAAGAAUAGGAAUAUAAUUUCCUACCUGGGUGAGUAUGUUAAAGCAGACCAAGGAAGUUCUGAUUCCGAUGAAAAUGAGGAGAGUGACGAUGAAAAUGCCUCUUUCGACCUAAAUCGUAUUGCAAAAGCCAGUUCUGAUUCCGAUGCCUCUUUCGACCUAAAUCAUAUUGCAAAAGCUAGUUCUGAUUCUGAUGAAAAUGAGGAGAGUGACGAUGAAAAUGCCUCUUUCGACCUAAAUCGUAUUGCAAAAGCCUCUUUCGAUCCAACUGCUGCAGCCUCUUUCUCCUUUUAUUUGUACGAUGAAAAUGAGGAGAGUGACCUAAAUCGUAUUGCAAAAGUUGUGAAGUGCGGGGUCCAUUUCUUAUAUACCCACGAGACAGAGAGAUUUGAAUCCAAUCAAGAGCCUGAAUUAGUGCUGAAAUUUUAGACGGGCCGGCCGUGACUAUUGAAAAGUCUGAAUUUUUAUCCGAUGACCGAACCCGAACUGCCUAAAAAUUCAGGCUGCCCGAUGCCCGACC